AUGAAGACCGCUGUCAUUCUCAGUAUCAUCACCGCCGCUCUGGCAGCGCCUACCAAGACCGUCGAAUCGCGUCAACUGCCCGGCCUGGGAGGUUCCGGCUCGUCCAGCGGCGGCGGCCUGGCCUCUCUCGCCUCGCUAAUCCCCCAUCCCUCCGGCGGCGGAGGUCUCGGAAGCCUCCUCAGCGGUGGUAGCAGCGGUAGCAGCAGCGGCGGAGGCCUCAGCAACCUUCUCAGCGGCGGUAGCAGCGGCAGCAGCAGCGGAGGCCUGCCGGAUCUCAGCAGCCUUCUCGGCGGCGGCUCGAGCUCUUCGUCGGACUCGUCGGACUCCUCGAGCACCGACUCUAGCGCCAGCGCCAGCAGCACCGACUCCAGCUCUGGCUCUGGCUCUAGCGCCGGCUCUAGUGGCGGGCUCCCGGACAUCGGCAGCCUUCUGGGCGGCGGAAGUGGAGGUUCGUCGCUGUUCUCUCGGUCCGACGAGGCCACAAAAAGAGCGAUAGUCGAGUCGACUAAACGCGCAGGAUUAGGCUCGAUCACGGAGAACGAUGUCGCGAACAACAAGGGCUGCAAGGAGCUCACCUUCAUCUUUGCCCGCGGAACCACCGAGAUGGGCAACAUGGGCUCUGUUGUCGGACCCCCCGUUGCGCAGAACCUGAACUCCUUGACCGGUAAUAAGGUCGCCGUCCAGGGUGUCGAUUAUCCCGCUUCUGCUGAAGGCAACGCGAUGCUCGGCGCGGCCGGCGGCCCCAAAAUGGCCUCCCUGGUGCAACAGGCUUUGAAGCAGUGCCCCAAGACGAAGGUGGUGCUUGGCGGAUACUCGCAAGGUGCGAUGGUGGUUCACAACGCGGCCAGCAAGCUCAGUGCCGGACAGAUCUCCGGAGCCGUGCUCUUCGGCGACCCAUUCAAGGCCCAGGCCGUCGGCAAGCUGGACAAGUCCAAGACCAAGGAGUUCUGUGCUUCCGGCGACCCCGUCUGCGAGAACGGAUUCAACGUCAUGGCGCACUUGACCUAUGGCGGUAAGGCUAAGGAGGCGGCGCAGUUCCUCGUGCAGGCUGCUGGUGUUUCUUCUUAA